UGACAAUGCAUUCCCAUAGUUCUUGCUUUUUGUUUUUUCAUUUUGGUAGUGGUUGUUGUAGGUGAUGGUAUCUAACAAUUCUUCAGUGGUGGUAAUGAUACUCUUUGUUGUUUCCAUCAACAUAACCUGUCUUUAAAUCAUGUUAUUUUAAUACUUGCAGGCAAUGAAUUUCUUUGCUGGUUUAUUGCUACUUCUUAUGCCAGAAGAAAAUGCCUUUUGGGCAUUUGUUGGCAUUAUUGAUGAAUAUUUUGCAGGCUAUUAUACUGAGGAUAUGAUAGAAUCCCAAGUGGACCAGCUUAUUUUUGAGGAAUUGAUGCGUGAAAGAUUUCCCAAACUGGUUAAUCAUCUGGAUUACUUGGGAGUGCAGGUGCCAUGGAUAUCUGGGUCUUGGUUUCUAUCAAUCUUUGUGAAUGUAAUACCUUGGGAAAGUGUUCUUCGUGUUUGGGAUGUGCUACUAUUUGAAGGGAACCGUGUUAUGCUAUUUCGAACAGCACUGGCUCUAAUGGAAUUAUAUGGUCCGGCAUUAGUUACAACAAAAGAUGCUGGUGAUGCAAUUACAUUGCUGCAAUCACUUGUUGGUUCAACAUUUGAUAGCAGUCAACUUGUCUUUACGGCUUGUAUGGGUUAUCCAGCAGUGACUGAGGCCAGAUUGAAGGAACUAAGAGAUAAACAUCUGCCAUCUGUAUUAGUUGUCAUAGAAGAAAGAUCUAUGAAGGGAAGGGCUCUUAAGGAUUCCAAAGGGAUUGCAACUAAACUGUAUAGUUUCAAACAUGAUCGAGGGUCUCUGGUAGAAGAAAGUAAAACCACUGAAGAAAGUGUUGCAGUAGCUGAUGCGAGUGUGCAAUUGGCAUCUUGUUCCUCUAAUUUAAAUGAAAUGCUCAGUAGCCUCAAUGUUGAUUCAGAACUGGAGGCCCUUCCAGAUCCCCAGGAUCAGGUGGUUUGGUUGAAGGUUGAAUUAUGCAGUUUGCUGGAGGAGAAAAGAUCUGCCAUACUCAGAGCUGAGGAGUUAGAAACAGCUUUAAUGGAGAUGGUGAAGGAAGACAACCGUCUGGAGUUGAAUGCAAGGAUAGAGCAACUGGAGCAGGAGUUAGCCGAGUUACAACAAGCCCUUGCUGAUAAGAAAGAACAAGAAGUUGCCAUGCUGCAGGUUCUAGUGCGGCUAGAGCAGGACCAAAAAAUUACUGAGGAUGCUCGCAGAAGAGCAGAGCAAGGACUUGCCGCUCAGAAAUUAGAAGUUCAUGAACUUCAGGAAAAGUACGACAAGGCCAUGCAAUCAAUUGCUGAGAUGCAAAAGCGAGUUGUGAUGGCAGAAAGUAUGUUGGAGGCUACCCUUCAAUAUGAAUCUGGCCAAUCCAAAGCACUUUCUUCUCCAAGGGCUGGUCGUGUACAAAGCCCAAGGUCUGAAAACCCCUCCCGGAAAAUUAGUUUGCUAAGGUUUGGACUUGGCUGGCGUGACAAAAACAAGGGCAAACCGAAUGCUGAGACCGAGGAAGCUGGCGAAAGUUUGCAUAGUAAUGGCUCUCCGAAAAAAGAAUCCGAUACCCAAGAAACUGAUAGAUAGAAUUCACAUAGCAGUGCCACAAGAACAGCACCCGUUGCUUUCCUGUCGACUUAGGAGUUAUUAAUUGUUUCUGAUUAUAACUGCCCAAUUUUUUGUUACUUGUCUCAUAAAGUUAGGGGAGGAAUCCACUGUGAGGAAUGUUUUAUAUGUUGAUAGGCCAAUUAGAUGUAGAAAGCACAUUCUUUCUUUCACUGACACUACCCAGUCUUUCAAAAACGUAGUGUCUUGAUCUGUUUUUUAUAUAAAUUUAGGCGGAACAACCGUGCCAUUAGCAUAGUUCAACGCCUGCAAAUAUGCACUUCCUCCGUCGUCCACAUGCAUGAACAGUUCAGACAAAAAUAUAAAACAUUAGAGGACUUGUUCUCUCAAUAACUCUUAGUUUAAUU